UUGCAGAUUAUUCGCUAUUCAUUCUUUGGCCUGAAGGAAGCCUUUGGUUCUGCACCUUCUUGGCAUUUGUGGCUUAGGUAUAGCACGUUCUUGGUUUUGUAUCCAACUGGCAUCAGCAGUGAAGUUGGUCUGAUCUAUUUUGCCUUGCCAUAUAUCAAGGCUUCCGAGAAGUAUUGCAUAAGAAUGCCGAACAAGUGGAAUCUCUCCUUCGAUUACUUCUAUGCCGCGGUUAUUGCCCUUGGAAUCUAUGUCCCAGGUAGUCCUCACCUGUACCGUUAUAUGCUCGGUCAGAGGAAGAGAGCUCUGUGCAAAUCGAAAAAGGAGUGAAAACACUGGUGAGAUUUGCAGAGCUUGUGUUCAUUAUAUCAGAACUUUGUGCAUGUAUCAUUCUAUUCUUUUAAGUGUUGCUUUUUGGCUAAACUGGUGGU